UGUGGGCUUGCAGUGGCUAGCUUCCACAGAAGUGUUUCACAAUUCACAUUGUAUUUGGCCGUGUUCUUGGGGUGAAAAGACAAAGAUACAGAACGUGUAAGUACAAAAAUAAAAGGUGGUGUUUAAUCGUGGGUAAAAUGAAGAAUUGUGUAGCUUUUCAGAAACAGAUAGCUUCCAUUAUGGAAGUACUAGCCAAAGCAGCUGUGGCCGAAAUAAGCAAACUUGUUGAAGAUGGGUCCGUUGUGUUGCAUCUGGAAGUAUCCCGAAGCCAUAAAGAAAUUGACAGUCUGAGGAGGAAACUACAGCAGGUGGAGAGCGAGCUUAGGACGGCGCGAGAGGCGGCAGCCCGAGAGAGCCGCUCUAUUGGAGUCCAGGUUGAGGACAAGUUUGGAGGGGCAGAAGGAGUGUUUCCCACAGGAGUUGUAGUUUGUGGUGAUGAUGCUGGAGAGAGAUGUCCCUUUGAACAGAAGCACUUUGAAGAGGAAUGUGUUGCACAGACGUGCAACACGCAGCCUGUUUUUGGAUUUACGGUGAAGGCAGAGCAAGAGGAAGAGCAUGUAGCCCAGAGACUCAGUCAGACAGGAUGUGAACACAGUGCAGGAAGACUCAACAAUCUGGGCUCUGAGUAUGUAAUGUAUGAGAGAGACAGUCAGCUGUGGACGUCCUUUACACAUGAUGACAGUGACAUAGAGACUUGUGAUGCAGUUUGUUCUGACACUACAGAACAGUGCUCACAAAAUCUGUCAAUUCACACACAACUACAACAUGCUCCUGCCACAAUGGAAGUCUCUGGAAGCACACUAUCUUCCUUGGGGAAAGAGGUUCAUGCUUCAGAUGGUGUUCUUGUGAAAGAGGAAGCAGGUGGGCAGUGUUCAUACAGUGAAGAGAACAGAUCUGAGAUGGGUGGCACACAGCAGACAGAGUACAGACAGCCUCCGCUCUCGAUGAAUGAUCAUCUAACCUCGCAGCUCUGGCAACCGCUGCAGCAGCCCUUAGACUGGCAAAUAGGAAUUACUGAGAACAUCACAGAUCCAGUCUCAAACAUCAGCAAAAAGACCAGAAUCCACUGGAGAACUGGUACAGGGGAGAAACCUCACAGCUGCUCACAGUGCGAGAAGAGUUUCUAUCGGUUUAUCGACCUGGAGAGACACCAGCGUAUCCACACAGGAGAGAAACCAUUCAGCUGUGCACAGUGUGGAAAGCGUUUCAGUCUGAGGGGUAACCUUAUAACACAUGAGAGGGUUCACAGUGGGAAUAAACCAUUUGGUUGUGCUCAGUGUGGGAAGAGAUUUGCUCAGGGAUCUAACCUUAGAGCACACCACAGAAUUCAUACAGGUGAGAGACCAUAUCACUGCACCCAGUGUGGGAAGAAUUUUACUCAGUUAAGUGCACUUAAAACUCACCAGAAAGUCCACAGUAGAAAUGAAUUACUACACUUUGGGAUGAGCUGUAUGUGAUUAUAGUAAGUUCAAAGACAUUACAUUUUGUAGUCACCAUAGUACUAAAAUAUCAGAAACAAAUUUUCUGUGUGUAGAACAAAGAAGUUACUCUGGUCUUAAUGGUCUUCAUACGAAAUUGUUUAUUAUUAACAAAAUUUGAAUAGUAGGGGAUGCAUAAAUAUAAAAUGGGGAAAGGGUGUUUUAUGGUGAUGUGAUGUUGGAGAGGAGACCGAGAGGAUUGUGGGAAAUGUCAUUCAGCCAAUGAAGCUCUGGCCUAACUGUAAGGUUUUCUGUGGGAAAACAUUCCCACAUUUGUCCAGCUAACAAUAAAGCUAUGGAUAUCCAUGA